GAUAUAUUUUCUAAAUCGUUAGACAAUAAUUAUGAACACGGUAAUAUAUUGAACAGAAAUAUUCACAGAUUAUUAGCAGAAUAUGAGCUACAUAGGGAAUUAAGAUAUGCUGAAGCAGAUGGACAAUUAUCACACGAUUGUAUAG